UUCUCGCUUGAGUCUAGUCUAACCCUCUUCUCCUUCUCCGGCAAAUAUUCCAAGUCAAUCAAGAACAAAUUUAUAACAUUGAGUCACAGAGGGAGGGGGAGAGAGAGAGAGAGAGAGAGAGACUGUGUGUAGACAAAGACGGGCAUCUUAACCAAAAGAGGAAAGAGAGAGAGAGGGGAUUAAUUGUUGAUGGAGGGGAGAAACUGGAAGAGAUCCAAGUCCCAAGCAGGCCAUGUAUCGGAGGAGAAAGAGGGUGCUGAUCAGAAGAGUGACAUUUAUCCAUACCCCUCGAGCUUGAUGGAAACGGCCCGAUCUCAACGGGACAGAUCUGCCAUCGUGUCCGCCCUCACUCAAGUCAUCGCAAACCCUGCUGCCGCUGCAUCUCAUCAUGCAUCCCACAGUUCAUCAGCAUCUUUAUCUCAAAGUUCGCUUCACGAUCAUCAGGUUCCGGAUGCACAAGGGAAGAACAAGAAGCUGGAGGUGAGGAGCAGGAACUAUAGAGGCGUGAGACAAAGGCCGUGGGGUAAGUAUGCAGCUGAGAUCCGUGAUCCGAAGAAGGCGGCUCGAGUGUGGCUUGGUACGUUCGACACUGCGGAGGGAGCUGCACUCGCUUACGAUGAGGCAGCCCUCCGGUUCAAAGGCAACAAAGCCAAGCUCAAUUUCCCUGAAAGAGUUCACUCUUUGCCUCCACCAUAUAGUAGCGGUAAUGAUGCUUCUCAGACUCAAUCUCAGGAGCUCCCUCCAGCUUUCAGCUCAUGUGACAAUGAUGUUGGGGCUCAACUCAUGGAUGGUUCUGUCAUGCCAGCUCCACGUCCCAGCUUUGUCCACGGACAAGGUCCUACUUCUUCUGCUUCCGCGGGUGAUUAUUUUCAGUCUCUGCAGCCAAAUCCUCUGUCGUCGUCGUCGUCGUCUUCUUCCAUGCCGUUCUCUUUCCAUCAACACGAUCCGGAACAUUGCUUCGAUGGCUUUUCUUCUUCUUCUUCUUCGAGAUCCUCCAAAGAGUAGGACAUCACUCAGCCAUUAAAUGUUGCAUCCACACCUUAAGAAAGCUAUCCUUUUAUCCCACUACUUGCUCUUAAUUACUUUAUAAAGCUUCAUCACCUUAUAUACUCACUCUCUCUUAAGGAGUUAACAUAUUAAUCAUUUAUGCAGC